AUGGAGCCCCCAAAGUUGCGCAAGACACGGAUUGUCUGCAUCUCCGACACCCACAACUGCAACGUCAAGCUCCCCCCUGGCGACGUUUUGAUCCAUGCUGGGGACCUCACCAACAAGGGGAGCAUCUCCGAGCUCUCUCGGGCAGUAAAAUGGCUUGAAGAGGCCGACUUCGAAGCCAAGAUUGUCGUGGCAGGCAACCACGACGUCACGCUGGAUGAAGACUUUUACUUUCAUCACGGCGACCACUUCCACAACAAGGUUAAGCAGAACCCAGCAGACUGCAUCAACCUGCUCGCCUCGUCGCCAUCCCUCACCUACCUGUGCCAUGAUUCGGCCACCAUCCGUCUCAAGUCGCCCACGGGCCCGCAUACCGAAUUCACCGUCUUUGGCUCUCCAUACUCUCCUCGCAGCGGCCUAUGGGCGUUUUACUAUGAGACACCGGCCUCUCAGGGCGGCACCGCUGCUGACCUCACUUCGCUGUGGGAACUGAUCCCGCUCGAGACGGAUAUUGUGGUGACGCACACGCCGCCACGUACGCACUGCGAUCAGCCCGGCGGUCAGCGGUCUGCCGGCUGCGAGGCCCUACGGCAGGCGCUCUGGAGAGUAAGACCCAAGCUAGCUGUCUGCGGGCACAUCCACGACGGGCGAGGCGCGGAGCGAGUGCUCUGGGAUCUCAAGAACGCGUCCAAGCCGUAUGCAGAGACGGCCGCCAUUCCGUGGGAGGAUCCGGGCGCGGGCAACAACAAGAUGAGCUUGGUCGACCUCACGGGCAAGUCUGGCAAGGUGCCGGCCCUCGCAAACGACGGCUCGCACCCGGGCCGGCCUAGCUAUCAGCGAGGCGGCGGUGACGGCGAUGGCGGUCCGGUGGGCUAUGGGGGUGAUCCGGAGUCUGAGGACUGCGAUCGCGAGGCGUUGGCGGGGAGGCAGGGCCGCAAGGAGACGUGCAUUGUGAAUGCAGCGAUUAUGAAGGGAAGCUAUCCGCAUGUUGAGGGAAAGCAGUUUAGCAAGCCCAUCGUGGUGGACUUGUAUCUGCCUGUGUGGGAGGACUGA